CUAAUUAAUACCCCUAAGGCAACAUUGUCGUCAACUGCUCAGAAACGCAUCAUCAGCUUCUCACGCAUCAUGUCCACACCUCGUAAGAUCGCAGUCAUCCUUGGCACAGGGCCCGGUCUGGCAACAUCCAUCGCAUCUCUACUCACCCCCACCCACUCUCUCGUUCUCCUUUCUCGAUCACUCCCUGGUUCGCUCUCUUCCCUCCCUCUUCCCAAGAUCGACCCUUCCAACAUCCUUGCUCUCUCUUCCGAUGGCUCUCCAGACUCUUUGAAGAUUGCCUUUGAGGAGAUGGACAAGAAGUGGCCCAGUGCCAGGGUAGAUGUGGGAAUCUACAAUGUAAACGCGAAAUUCGACUUGAGGGGGUUCUUGGAAAAGUCGGAAGCGGAUUUGAGAACUGGGCUUGAAGCUGGUGUGGUGACCGGAUGGAACUUUGCCCAAGCUAUCAUCCCUCGCUUCCUCGCCAACCCCGCUCCGUCGACCUUGUCGUCUCAGGACAAGGCAUCCAGAGAAGCGCGUGGUACGCUUCUCUUUACAGGGGCCACCAUGUCACUCAAAGCAGGUGUACAGUUUUCAUCGCUUGCGCCCGGGAUGUUCGCCCGUCGUGCACUCGCUCAAUCGCUCGCGCGUGAAUUUAGCCCCCAGGGAGUGCACGUAGCACAUGUGAUAAUCGAUGGGGUUAUGGACACCCCUCCUGUGCAGCAGUGGCUAGGUGAGGAUACGGAGGGCAAGAGGAUAAGGACAGAUGAGGCGGCGCAGGUGUACUUGGAUUUGAUCAACCAGAAAAAAUCGGCUUGGACUCAUGAGAUUGAUUUGAGGCCGGAUAUUGAGAAGUGGUAAACUAUCAGAUACAUCGUAGAGAAAAUUGACGAAGACCAAAGUGUGAUCUGCAAAUAUGCCAUGUAUACACCAAAAU